AUGUUUUUGUUCCAUGAAAACCGAGAUAUAGUCCAUCAAGUUUUAACCAAAAGAGAUGGAACCAUUGCCGGAGCUAUAGCGUUUCCCAUUGCACUUUUUGUCAUUGGAAUUCUAGUUGUUAUUACCAUUAUAGUCCAGAGGAAUAAGCAAAAGGGGGUACCACAUGAACUACCACACAUGAGGAAUUCUAUCCCGGUACCACAACCAUUGUCACUGGGACGAGUCAUACUGUACCGUGACAGACAAAGACAAGGACUGAGAACUAGUGAAAUGACUGCUACAAGUAUGAUAUAUUCAAAUCAAUCUGAACAACCGGAUGAUUUUGUUCCGCCGUAUACGGCUAAUGUUAAUGAGAAUGAUAUGGGAUACUAUGAUUCAGAAGGUAAGUUUCAUGCUAUAGAUUAUAUAAAACCACCACUUCUGCCACCACUUGCUUAUACUAGAUAG